UUGGUUCACUACUCCCCCGUUCAGUCCCCACCAACAGCUCCACAGACGGCAUCCUCCUCAAACUGCUAGCAGCACAACCACCAUGCAAAUACACACAAAGCAGCUGAUGUUUGGGAUUGUUUAGAGCAAUUUCGGAAAGAUGCGAGUCUCCCCAGAGCUGUGAAAAGGUGUGAGUGAGGAAAACACGGAGGAAAACACGGAGGAAAACACACGACGACCGAUCGGAUCCGACUGUUAAUCCCGCUGGGACUCUACAAACAUGCCUGAGGUUCGGGAGCUGUCUGAAGCUUUGCCAGAGAUGCCCAUGGACCCAAUCACUGGAGUCGGAGUGGUAGCCUCCAGAAACAGGGCACCCACUGGAUAUGAUGUGGUCUCUACAACAACAGAUGGCCUGGAUGCUGACCUGUGGAAAGACGGCCUUUUCAAAUCCAAGGUGACCCGUUACCUGUGCUUCACCAGGGUCUUCUCUAAAGAAAAUAGCCAUUUAGGCAAUGUUCUUGUGGACAUGAAGCUGAUUGAUAUAAAGGACACUCUGCCUGUGGGUUUCAUUCCCAUCCAGGAGACUGUUGACACACAGGAGCAGGCCUUCAGAAAAAGGCGACUCUGCAUCAAGUUUAUUCCGCGGGACUCCACAGAGGCAGCCAUCUGUGACAUUCGCAUCCUGGGACGCUCCAAGCAGGCUCCCCCCCAGUACACCUUUAUAGGAGAACUCAACAACAUGGGAAUCUGGUAUCGCAUGGGGAACGUACCUCGGGCCCAGGACUCCACACACACUCCGACCACCAACAACAUCCAGAAUGUGAACUCCUCUUCCAGCUCAGCCCCUGUCCCAGCAGCUCCUAUGCCCAAACAUAUUUCUAUGACUCUUCCGGCCAGCUUCAGAGGGAAGAACACUACCAGGCCAGACUAUGAACACCAGAACUCCAAUCUGUAUGCUAUCUCAGCAAUGGAUGGAGUGCCUUUCAUGAUCUCUGAGAAGUUUGCCUGUGCCUCGUCUGAUCUGCAGCAGGUGGAUCUGAUGGGCAUUACAAUCAAGUCACUGGCUGAGAUUGAGAAAGAGUAUGAUUACAGUUUCCGCACGGAGCACAGCGCAGCAGCUCGCCUCCCCCCGAGUCCAACACGGACCUCCCUGAGCUCCGAGGCCUGAGGACCCCCCUUCUAACUCCUCUCUAACAACACUCUCAAGACCUGUACACAACUACUGAGGACCUCCCCACAACAAACAGUCCCAAACACCUGUACUGAAAAAAAAGAUUCUGUGGGUCUGGCUGAAACCACUAUGUACAACAUUGACAAGCUGGAUUUAGAAAUGAGACAAACUUGCUCAAGGAAGUGGAAUGGAAUCACUUCUUCUCUCAAAAGAAUCGUGAAGUGUUGUUCCCUGUGAUACAAAUAACCACACUCCAUCUACAUGACUUGUUACAGACGAGAUAAAAGGAUUGAAAGGAUUCUUUAUCCUGAUGGAGGGCACCUGUAAGGCCUUUGCUCUCUCAGGUGGAGUGAGAGCGAGAGCAGCCAUCAUAUUUGCCUUCCACACCUGCUGCUCUACUGUUGGCCUGAAUGGGAUCCUCCAGUUCACGUGUUGGAAACACAAAAGGAAACUCCACAUCAUAGGAUUUUGUUUUCAAGCUUGUACCAGUCUUCUCUGUGUUACUGUAAUAUACUGGUGUGACUGUGAGUGCACUUUGUGUUUUUGGAAUUUCAGUGUGCUUCCUGUUUGUCACAGAUAUUGUGUUAACCACUUCUUUACUGUGUGUGUGUGUGUGUGUGUGUGUGUGUGUGUGUGUGUGAGAGUGUGUGAGAGUGUGUGAGAGUGUGUGAGAGUGUGUGAGAGUGUGUGAGAGUGUGUGUACCAGGCUUUGCUUUAUAGAACCACUGUUUCUGUUCAAAAGUUACUAAACCAUGACUCAUGUUACACUGCUGGACUACACAUACCACUGUUCUUAUGAUUUUUGUCAACCAUAGUUAAUGUAAUGUCUGCUAUGUUUUUUAUCCAGCUAUUCAUUUUUCCAUAUAACGGAUGAUAGAACAUCACAUGAGCUUUGGUACCAGUACCAAACAAUACCUUUUCACUGCCUUAGAAUUGCUAUGAAUAUAAUCAUUUUUCUAAACAAAAAAAAAAAACAUUUUUCAUGGAAAGAGGAACUUAAAGCUGCAGUAGGUAACUUAUAAAAAUACCUUCUUGUCAUAUUUGCUGAAAUAACUAUAUCCUCUGAUUGGUUGUUUUCGUUCAGGCCCGGUGGAUUCUUGCAAAUGUCAUUAGGAGCACUAGGAGGAGCCAGAGGAAGCUGAUUUUCUUCACAGAUUAUCUGUCUCAUGUACUACUGUCAGGAUAUUGUGAAAGUUUCAGCAAAUAUAAGAAGAAAAAACCUGCUGCAGCUUUAAACGUACUCCAAGGUAAUGAAACAGUCAAUUUAAUACUGAUGCCUCUAUACGACCGUAACAAACAACGUAAAAAGUACUCUCUUGGUUUUUCUGAAGGACAUUUCUACUGGCUGUUAAUGUGCAAAGCUAUCUGAAACUUUACCAAGAAAUUUUGAUGUUAACUUAACAUAGUUUUAAUGUUGACUAAAAACUAGACUGGACUCGAAAUUAUUAAAAAAAACACAACACAAAUACUCAGACAAUAGCAAGAAUAUGUCCUGAACUGGAUUAGAAUUUUUUAAUUAUAUAUUAAAUAAAACUGAAUAUUGUUUCAACAGUACAUUUUACAACAGCAAAGUCCCUAUAAAUCAAUAUCUCACUGGAAACAAAUCUGUCAGUAAAAUAAAAUAUAUUCCUGACAUCAAACACAAACAUCAGUCAGUGUCAGUCCUUCCUCCUGUCCUCUCAGUUUUGUGGCAAACUAACAAACACUGAGACUACACACGAACAGCUUUAUUCUUUAUUACAUUACCAAGCUAACUAACAGCAAAUGAAAUGCUCUCAAGUUCUGAUAUAACAUUGGUUGGAGGAUCUAUGCUAGCCUUUUUAGCAGCCGCCAUUGUUGCUUUUGCCCCACACGUCACACACAUCUAGCGUUAAACUGCGUCCAUAACUCAUGCCGUAACUGCCAGUACUUCCUCAAAGGACUGUGAUUGGUCAGAACCACUGUUAGACACAAGCUCAUAGCUUGAAAGCUGGCAAGAUCGUGUUUCGCGUGAUCUCUCAAAUCCAGCGUCCUUGUGAGGUUAGUUACACUGGCUCCUACAACUCUACAAUCUAAAGUUUACUGCCCAUGUGGAGUAUAUACUACAUACCUUGAUAUUAGAAGUAGAAACCUUCAUGAUCAUAACAUAAGUCUUUUGACAAAAAGUGUCUUACCAAAUGUCAAAGUUUACCCCAAAUGGGCAGUAGUUGCAUAAUUGUGGCCUCGUCUUAUCCUGUAAUCCCAAUUAUGAAAUAUUAAUAAAAGCAAUCUGACCUUUAAUUUGAGCCAUUAAUCAGUCGCUCCAGGAUUUCCUCCAGGGUUCUUUUGGGUUAUGUAUAGAUCCUAAAUGUCUGAUUUCACAGCAGCUUUUCUUAAACAAUUGUGAUACACGUUGCAAUGUUUGUAGGCAUUUUUUUGCAAUGAAAUUGGGAUAGAAAGUAAAAAUGUCUUUGUUUUUGAUUUUGUAUAUUUCAUUAAAGAUUGAAGAGGAGUUGUUCCAGAGAGAAUAAAACCACACUGUUUAGAGGGUAAAUGUGAGAUGGGAUGCAUGGCCUGCAUCUUCACAACUGAAAACAAAGAGUGUCUCAACGUUUGUUGCGGAAACACUACAAGAUUGGUCAGUUUUGCAGAAAUGUUACAGUAAAAUGAUAAAUGAUAAAAUUGCAAGGUCGUGCACAAGUCACCGUUCAGUUUGCCUUAAUUGUUGCGAUUGCAACCCCCUGGAGGGACUGACUGGAGCCCUGUCAAGCUACUGACAAUUAAACUCAACACUUCCUGCAGUUGUUUCAAAUUAAAAGACUGCUCAUUGCUCAUAAGCAUUUCAUUGCAGUUAGCACUCCAGUGGGAUGUCUGUGUAUUCAGAGCGACUCUUCUCUUUACGUUAAUACAGCAUUCUCUUUUGACUUUGGUGAAGAACAUUGAAACUGUAUUAUUUGUUUCAUAACAGAUGUUUUACUAUAUUUCUCUGCAAUAUUGUCAAGUCAUAAAUGCAUGGAUUCACUCCUUUUAUUUUCUGUUUUAUUUGUCUAAUUUAUUAGUCAUUUCAGUAUUGUGACCCUGUUGUCUUAAAGACUUGUGUGAUGAGUGAACAGAUCCAUGUGAGGCUUUGUGUAUUUGAGUGUAUCAGACUGCUCUGUGAUCAGCUAUGUAUAAUUUCUCAGAUGUGGCAUUUACCUGCCCAGUUUUUGCUAAAACAUUUAAUAGCUAACUAAUAUGGUGUCUGCGUAACAACCCUGCUUUGAUAUGUCUGUUAGUUUGCAUGCACGGUGACAUGAGAUGUCAGAGGUUUCAAUAGACAGUUAUUUUUGUAGGUUGUUGAUCAAGUCACAGAUUUUGUCUCAUAAAUAGAUUUUAUUCACUAAAGAAUGAACAAAACCGCAUCAGUUGAAUUUGUAUUAUAAGGAAGUUUUAUUAAACUAUGAACUAAA